UUUUCAAAUUUAACAAAUAAACAAAUUCUCAAUGUGCUUUAAAAAAAUAAGCCAAACACAAACACGGAUUUCUUAGUGGGCGAGGGUAAAUGUUUAAAAAGAAAUUGUGAUGAUUGUUGGAUAGUGACGAUUUGUGACGCGUUUACGUGGAUUAUUCACUACAAGAACUGAGCAAAGUAACAAAACAUCACUCAGUAUGAUGCACUGAUGCAGUGUUGUUGUAUCAGUGCAAACUGCAAUGUAAAUCAAUACCUCGGUCAAAAGUAUUUGAGGUAUUUUGCGUCAGCUCUUGAGUUGGCUCGGAUUGGAUUGUGCAAGUGUACCUAAUGAAGUGUCCCCUGAUCUUGGUAUUCUGCAUCUUUAUGAUGGGGCGCCUCUUAGUGACGACACAGAGGUACUUCGCUCUUGGUGUACAGGGCUGCUGCCAUGACGACCGACAAACCCGCACUUGGAUGACCGACUGACCAAAACAAUUGUGACUUUUCCCACUCGACAGGUUAUCAGCAACAAAUGGAGGGCUCGGUGCUGUUGCCAGUGGAGGCAGAGGCGUUCGUUGAAAGUUUGGAGAUAUUUGCCCUCAAAGACGUGGGCUCGACGAGGUGGUUCAGACAGCAUGAGCACAUUGAGAAGCUCAACAUGCAAGCAAUACUGAGUGCUUCUGCCACACUGGAUGAGUACAUCAAGGAGAUGCUGGUGUCUCAUGGAAAGAUCUCAGUUCUGGUUCAUGAAAUGAUCCUGACUGAAGUGUGGAAGCAAAAAAUAUUCCCCAUCUUAUGCCAACUACAGGACUUCACGCCAAAGAACACGUUUCCUCUUUACAUGGUGAUCCACCACGAAGCCACCAUCAUCAACUUGCUGGAGACUGUCAUGUUUCACAAGGACUCGUGCGAUGCCAGCGACGACUCUAUCCUUGACUUGGUGGAUUACUGCCAUCGGAAGCUAAUCCUGCUGGCCGCCAACACCGGCAGGGACGGCAACGUGUCUCACAACAUGCAAAAGGCAGCCGGCGAGGCGGUUCUGUCCUCUAAAGAGGAGUUACAGAUUCAAGCUGGGGAGCUGGAGUUCAACGUUUCCUUGAAGGCUUUGUCUGUGCUGCGCUACAUCACUGACCACACUGACAGUAUCAGUGCCAUUAACCGAAUGCUCUGCACACAUAACGUGCCUUGUUUACUGGUGCGCCUGAUUGAGUGCUGCCCGUGGAGUCGCUGCACAGCAGGCAGCAUAGAGAAGCACAUCAACGGCAAAUGGCAGAAGAUUCCAGCGGAAGACCGCCUGAAGAUGACAAAACUGGACGGACAGGUCUGGAUUUCGCUGCACAAUCUGCUCCUCAAAGAAGACUGCCAACGAAAAUAUGACUUCAACAGUUUCAAUAAGAGUCAGCUUCUUAAGCUACGCAGUUUCCUGACUGAGGUGUUGAUCGACCAGCUUCCCAACUUGGCUGACCUCCAGCGCGUCCUGGCUCAUCUCGCAGUUACAGACCCCGAACCUCCGAAGAAGGAACUUGUUUUAGAGCAGAUCCCUGAAAUGUGGAACCACAUCAUGAGGGAGAAUACCGAUAAGUGGAAGGCCAUUGCCAAGUAUCAAGUCAAAGAAACGUUUAACGUCUCGGAAAAAGACCUGAGGCUGCAGGCACAGAGGUUGGCUCAGACGUACAAUUUGGAUAUGUUGGAGAAUUUGCUCCCCGAGAAACCAAAGUGUGGCUGUUGCGGGAGAGAGGCGACGAAGAGAUGCUCUCGAUGCCAAGGGGAGUGGUACUGUCACAGAGAAUGUCAGGUGAAACACUGGCCAAAACACAAGAAAGCCUGCCAGCUCAUGAUGGAGGCCAACAGGAAGAUCCAGCCUGGCCUGUGCAAUAACAACAAGGAGAGAUGAACAGCAUGAACUGACAGGAGAGUUUCAUUAAAAUUUUCAUGUAAUUUCAACAACUCCCCAUUUGGUUUAAUAAACUGCUUCUUCUGUCCUGGAAGAAAUUUGCAAGUUCAUUACAGAUUUUUGUUUCUUUUGAUAUGCACAUUCAUUGCCUAGUCACAACAUUAGGUACAUUAGGUUUGUUUGAGGAUGCUUUUAUUUUUCAUAUAUAUUAAUAAGAACAAAACCCGUUGCAGAGCCACCACCAUGCCUCUUCUCACCACCCUCAGAGUCAAUCAACUAGUCCUCUUUCAGAAUCAUGUGACUGCUGACCAUCGUGCCUCAAUCAGCUUGACUGGUGCUGUCACAUGACCCAGGCAUGGCCAGUCGUCAGGUUGCACCAGGCCAUUGGUUCCUCCUCAUGCUCUUCUCAACCACCUCCUCCUUCAACCUUAACUCAAACGGCAGCGGCCCACCUCACAUUCCAAUCAGCGUUUCGCGUUAAAAAGAAGGCAUCUGUGAUGGUAUGGGGCUGUGUUAGCACCAAUGGCAUGGGUAACUUACACAUCUGUGAAGGCACCAUUAAUGCUGAAAGGUACAUACAGGUUUUGGAGAAACAUAUGCUGCCAUCCAAGCAACGUCUUUUUCAUGGACGCCCCUGCUUAUUUCAGCAAGACAACGCCAAACCACA